GCCACAGGAAACCAAAAAAAGAAUACGAGUCCGAUCAGGAGAGCUUGAACAAGUCCUCACUAUAUGUUCAGCUCAAUCCCUACCUGUCAACAUGGAUAGACAGGUAAUUGGUACACGAUGACUCCUCUUCGUACCCUGCUCUUCGGAGCGGGCUUUAUGCCGCUGAUCCAGAUGGCUGCGGCCUGUACGGGAACCGAUGUCAUUCAAGGAGGGUCGUCGGCGUACACUUCCUUCUGGAGUACGAGUGCCGGCCCUACACUGAAGACCUUUUCGGUGGUUGAUGCUGGGGGUCCCGAUGGCGGUGCCUACCUUGAGAUCGACGAUUUCAGCUAUAGCUGGGUGAUUGUGCGUCAGAACAUUCCCUCGGUGGAGGUAGGCACCUCCUAUCAUGUCUCCCUGGACUGGUCCAUCACGACGGACGAUUCGACCGGAGCCUCCUGUACCCUUACAGUCGCCGUUGAAGGCAAUUCCUUCACUGCGGCAUCUGCAGCCCUCGUGGCUGGCCGUUCCAGUGGCUGGUCGAGUGUCUCUGGGACGUACACGCCCACUUCCUCCACCGGAAUUCCUUUUGUGAUCACCAUCAGUUGCUCUCAGGGAGCUUCCAACGGAAACCCUGUCAUUGGCCUGGCCGACAUCUCCAUGGUCAGCGCCUGCUCGGACCCAACCUCCUCCGCGAGUGCCGCAAGCACUGUCACUUCCGCCACAUCCGACAGCACGUCGAGCGCCGUGAGCACCACCAGCAGUGACGAUUCGCUGGGCUCCUCGACUACGGCCUUGGCUACAACGACUUCUUCCUUCCCCGCUGCUUCAUCCACCGCCAGCAGUGCUUCGACAACCACCUGGUCGACGUCUUCUGGCACGACCGCUGCAACCGAUGACAAUGGCACCACGCUCACGGCCGAUACCACUGCUGGAACGUCUCUGGAGGCGUCACAGUCCGUAGAUACCUCCGACGAUGCCUCGGUUUCGGGCACAAUCUCAGUUUCCGAUUCGAGUGCCACCAAGCGCAAGCGCAGUGGUGUCUCCUGCGCGGUGAGCAUUUAUCAGGGCAACGAUCUCAUCGACAGCCUGACCGUCCCAGCGGGUUCGUCGGCCCCGUUCUCGACCUGCCUAGGCAGUUCAUCCUCCAGGCCCUCUACUCUCACGAUCAAGGUGGUUUGCGAUGGAACCGGGGCCACGGUUGAGGUUUCGGAUCUUAUUGUGGACACCAGUCUUGCGGCUGCCGAACAAUGCGCCGCCUCUGCUGCCGCUGCUGCUACUCCUACUAUUUCUGCGGCUGCGUCCAACUCGCCUCUCGCUUCCCAGAGCUCGGCUAUUGCUGUUCAAAGUCCAUCAUCUGCUGUCAGUGUUACCGUGCAAAGCCCUAGUCACAGUCCCCAGGCUAGCUUGAGUGUGCCUUUGUUUGUGACCCGUCCCAGCCCAUCAAUCAUCCCAAGCCCUAGGCCCAGCUCUGGCUCUGUUCCCGGCUCGAGCUCCUCCGGUUCGGAUUCCUCUGGUGCUGGCUCUUCUGGCUCUGAAUCGUCUGGUGGGUCGAGUUCCUCUGAAUCCUCGUCUGGAUCCUCGUCUGGGUCUGAAUCAUCAGGAGCUGUCGCUGGAUCUAGUUCUUCUGGCUCGUCGAGUUCUUCUGGUUCCUCUUCUGCUUCAGCUUUCACUUCUGGCUCGUCAGGCUCAUCUAGCUCCUCUAGCUCUUCUUCUGGCUCGACUAGUUCGUCUGGUUCCUCGUCUGGUUCCUCGUCUGCUUCUGGAUCGUCGGGAGUCAGCGCUGGAUCUGGGUCGUCCAGCUCUAAUGCUUCCGGAGUGUCCAGCUCGUCUAUCUCCCAGCCGGGCUCUGGCUCAACAGUCAACACUUCGGGGUCCAGCAACGCUAUCUCCGGCUCUGGGGCUUUCACCACCUCCACUGUCUCGCACACGGAGGUGCAUACUGUCACAGCCUGCCCGUCGACCAUCAGGAACUGCCCUGCCUCCGCGAAGACCACUUACCUGACCACCGAAACUGUGGUCGACUAUACGACCAUCUGCCCGGUUACUGCCACGGGGACCCACGUGCCUGCAACAGCCACCCACGCGUCCAGUGCCACUAAACACGAGGAAUUCACCACGUCCACCGUGUAUACAACCUCCGUGCAUACGGUGACCGCUUGCCCAUCUUCGAUCAAGAAUUGCCCCGCCUCGAAGCAGACCACGUACCUCACGACUGAGACUAUUGUGGACUACACCACUAUUUGCCCGGUGACUGCCACCCAGACUGGCGUCGCCACCGCGGCCACGGCCCCUACAGGCCCUAUCUCUCGUGUCACCGAAUAUCUUACCUCCACGGUGUACAGCACAUCGGUGCGUACGGUGACUGCUUGCCCGUCAGGUUAUCAGAACUGUCCUGCAUCGGCGAAGUCGAUCUUUGUAACCACCGAGACGGUCCCUGCGCAUCUGACAACAUAUACUGUGGUGGCCACUGAGCCCCAUGCAACCGCACGGCCCGCCGAUGAGGAGGUCUAUUCCACCUCCACAAUGUAUGAUACUGCUGUUUAUACGGUGACGGCUGCUCCUAUGGGAUCGACCGGCCAGACUGCUCCCCAAGAGACUGUCUCUGUGUAUACCACCCUGAUUCCAGUUAAGACCACGGUCUAUUUGAAUGUCGAGUCCAUCGGAUCGGCUGCUGCUCCGUCUGGUGCUAUGGGCACGGAGAUCUCCAAGCCGGAAGGUGUGAAUGUAGUUGGUGCGACACAGUCCGCCACCAGACUGGGCUCCAAUGCCCAGGUUGAGGGCAGUGGUGAGCUAUCUUCUUCAAACUCACAGUCCCCAAGCCUGCCAGGCUCCCUGAUCCCCUCAGUCAGAGCAUCCUCUGCGGUCGCAGCGUCUGCCGCAGCCUCGUCUCCGGCUGGUACUUAUGCUGGAUCCUCCACUACCACCGCCGGGGGCGCGCUCUAUACCGGGGCUGCCGCGUCCCUCUCCCUCUCCCUCUCCUCUAGCCUCAUUUGCGUGGUGGUGAGUCUUUUCGCUGCUUUGAUCUUGUAAAUAGAAUGGCAAUCUAGUACUCUAGUGAAAUUGUAUGAGCACAUGGGCACAG